GUCGCAUCACGCAAGACCACAUCGCUUACUGGCUGCCAGCUGCUGGCCAUUGCCGGCGUCACAGGCUCAUUGCAACCUCGCGCACUGCCUUACUGCCUGCCACUAUAAAUCCUCUCACUUAGCGCAACACGCAAACAGGUUAGUUAGUUUCGUUAGAAAACCAAGCCGAGCCGGCAAAGGAAGCAAGAAUCAAGAAUGGUGUUCUUCUGCUUCUUGGUGGACCAGCGGCAGACGGUGCGGAGCAGCAAGCCGGCGGCGGGGAUCUGCUCUCGGUGCGGCGCGUGCGCGAGCGUCGCGGACAUGGAGACGGCGACGAGGGUCUGCUACCUGCUCACCGUGCACCGGCGCACCUGGCGCGCCAUCAUCUGCACCUUUUGCGGCGCCAUGCUCAAGUCCUACCGCCACUACAGGCUCUACUGAUCGAGCAGCUAGCAUCGUUUCGAUGCUACCGGUAGAAUCGGUCGCCUUCCUCCUCCUCGGCUUUCUAGGUGUAGUGAGUGAUCUGUGUUCUUGGUUGGUGAUCUUGCGCGCGACUGUUGGUUUUUGUUCCUGCUGCUUAUGCCCAGUUUGCAGGUUGUAAUGGCGACCACGCAUGUAUAUAUGGGAGCUAUGAAGCUGAUUUUGUG